AUGGAACUCAUGACUUGUGUGAAGAAUACCUUCGUCGAAAUUGCAGAAGAGCCAGUGAAGCUUCGCCGAUGCAAAUCCCUUGGGUGCCUCCUUGAGGUUUCCAAGCCAAGUGAACUUGAAUCAAAGAUCCACAAACUCUCAACGAAGGCAGAGAUUUUGGACAGUCCACUUGCUCAAUUGACGCCAAUACCUCAAGGGACUCAAGUGCCUCAUACUCUGAGUGGCCCUGCUGUGUUGUCGGGUCACUGCGCUGCUGGCUCCACAUCCGCUGGUUCCACAUCCGCUGGUUCCAUGGUUUCCCAGCCUUCAGUUUUGCCCACAUCCACAGAUGCCCGCCAAGCGUCAAAUGAAGAGCUCGGCCUCACAGAAGCCUAUAGUUGCAGUUUGGCCAAUUGCGAGCCAGCUUAUGCACCAGUGAGCUGUGACCCAGCUUAUGGGGCCUACGCUCAUGUCUUUGCCUCUGCCACUCUACAUUCUGAGCAUUCUUGUGCACAAUGCAUGCUGCCUAGGCCUAGUAUGCCACAACCUUUGGAGGCACAUGCUUUCGCGCUGUCUGAUCAUUUACUUGGAUCUGCUGAGUGGGGCUAUCCUUCAUUGCCGAAUCCCCUGAAUUUGCCCUGUCCAGGCUAUCGCAAUGGAACCCCGCUUGCCACCCAUCCAGUGCAUCCGAAUCCAUGGCACGCCAAAGUGCAAUCUUUGGGUUGGGCAGGUUGGGCUCCUUGCAUCAUGGAGUCAGGUGGGAACUCUGCAGUUGCCGCUGCGGCAGAAGUGGCAACUGCUGCUUUAGCUUGGCAUUGGAAUACGCGCCACAGUGCCUACAAUGCCAGCACAAGAACUACCAGCUGUUCUGAGACAAGUGAAUCUCAGCCCAAAGACGCACACCUGCAGAUGACGAAUGAUUCCAACAGUUCUGAGUGCUUUGAUGAAGAGACGCGUUCAGAAGUAGUACCGCUUGAGCCGGUUCCCGUUUUGGUGCAGAAGCCAUCUCGGAGCCAACGAGCACAAAGCCGGCGCUGGUGCUGUAUCAACAUUCGCAUGCACUUCGACAGGACAUUCCACCCUGUCAGGAUGAUCAUCGGAAAAGGAGGUGACAACACGAGGCGCAUAGCCCUGCUCACUGGGGCAAAGGUGCGUGUUCGGGGACGGGGUUCUGGACACCUGGAACCUGCGACAGGCCAAGAAGCUCCUACUCCGUUGAUGGUGGUCGUUUCGUCUGACUCAGAGAAUACUGAAGGAUACUUUGCAGCUUUGAGCAUGAGCAUCGAGUUGCUUGAAGAAGUGCGAACUGCCUACGUCAAGAACUGCCAGUGGACUGGAACGAAAGCAAUGGCACCAGCCUUUGUUGCUGGCAGCAUGUGUGAUUUCACGAAGACAGAAAUACGACGCCCACGAAGCAGGAUUGUGGCAUUGCCAUGCCUGGAGUCCAAGUGCCUUCAAGCUUCAAAGUCUAGCUGA